GGAACGAAAAGAGGAAAAGGAUACCAACGAUUAUCUACAAACCGAAGUCAGUCUCGAAUCUUGAUCCCUCACACGAUUAUUCGGGUUGCUUGUGCUUGUUCAUUUUCUUAUUCCAAUCUCUUCCGAGAUAAGCUUUAAACUGGUGGCCGUGUGAGGAAAAAGGAUGUGGGCAGCUUCUUGCCUUGCGUCGUGCUGUGCAGCUUGCGCAUGUGAUGCAUGCCGUACGGUGGGAUUAAUAAUUUCCAUCAAACACCCAGCAGGGAUUGGUUUCAAACUGAUGCAGUCUUGCGGGUUAGCUUGGGAAAUUUUCUCUUCUUCACUAUUCUGUCUGUAAUGAUGGUUGGUGUGAAAAGUCAGAGGGAUCCCCGUGAUAAUAUUCACCAUGGUGGAUGGAUGCUGAAAGUUAUUUGUUGGUUUCUUCUGGUGGUACUAAUGUUUUUCGUUCCCAAUGAGAUUAUCAGCUUUUAUGAGUCUAUUUCAAAAUUCGGCUCAGGACUGUUUCUUCUUGUUCAAGUUGUACUUCUGCUGGAUUUUGUUCACAGAUGGAAUGAUACCUGGGUUGGAUAUGAUGAGCAGUUUUGGUACAUUGCUUUAUUUGUUGUUUCACUUUUCUGUUAUGUGGCAACAUUUGUCUCUUCUGGAUUUCUCUUCCAUUGGUUCACACCAUCAGGACAUGAUUGCGGGCUCAACACCUUCUUUAUUAUGAUGACCCUUAUUUUUGCAUUUGUUUUCACAGUUGUUGCACUGCACCCUUCAGUUGGCGGCAGUGUUUUACCUGCGUCGGUCGUCUCGUUAUAUUGUACAUAUCUCUGCUACAGUGGACUUGCUAGUGAACCGAGAGACUAUGAAUGUAAUGGUCUUCACAAGCAUUCCAAGGCUGUUUCUACCGGCACUCUUGCCUUGGGUCUUCUUACAACUGUUCUAUCGGUAGUCUAUUCUGCUGUUCGUGCUGGUUCAUCUACAACCCUGCUUUCCCCACCAAGCUCACCUCGUGCAGGAAAGCCUUUGCUUCCACUGGAGAAGUCGGAUGAGCACGAGGAAAAGGAGAAGGCAAAGCCAGUUACAUAUUCAUAUUCGUUUUUCCACAUCAUCUUCUCUCUUGCUAGUAUGUACUCAGCCAUGCUCCUGACUGGAUGGUCCACCUCCGUUGGCGGGAGCGGCAGGUUGGUAGAUGUCGGGUGGGCAUCUGUUUGGGUUCGGGUCAUGACUGGUUGGGCUACUGCAGCAUUAUUCAUCUGGUCCUUGAUCGCCCCCGUUAUGUUCCCGGACAGGGACUUCUGAGCAUUAACUUGUUCUCGAACCGAGGCAAAUAUUUGGAGAUGUUUAAUGUCUAAACUCUAAUUAGGUUACCGUGCAUGGAGAUUUCCAGUGUGUAUAUGCAGCCUGAAGGAUGGCUAUAAAAAAUGGACUUGGAACUUGUUUGGAAGACAAUUGUUUCGCUUGCAUAUGCAUUAUGAAAGUUGUAAUAUAGUGAUGAAUGCAAUCCAAACAGUGCCUUAUGUGAUUGA